ACACGGAAAACGAGAAAGUGCGUUAUUACACACAUUCCAGCUCACAGCUGAAAACUGAAACACACAGAAAAACAUUGCACAAGCAACAUGGGAGCCUUCGUAAAGAUUGUAAUUGCUAGCAUUUGUGUUGGCUAUGUAGCUGUCAAGUGGAAUAGACCAAGUUUUGAUCCAGAGUCUCUCAGAGGUGCCAGGGUGUUGGUCACCGGGGCCAGUUCAGGCAUUGGUGAACAAAUGGCGUAUCACUACGCCCGCUUUGGAGCUCAGAUUGUCAUCACAGCAAGGAGGGAGAAAGUUUUACAGCAGGUUACUGAGAAGUGUCUGAGUCUGGGGGCCCAGAAAGCUCUCUUCAUAUCUGGAGACAUGUCUACUGAGUCUGACCCGGACAAAGUGGUUGACUUUGCUCUGGAGAAACUGGGAGGCUUGGACUACCUGGUUCUCAACCACAUUGGUGUGACUCGCUUUGCCGUUUGGGAUGGAGACGUGGAUCACGUCAAGUGGCUUAUGAAGCCCAAUUUCUUUAGCUACAUACAGAUGGCCUGGAGAGCCUUGCCCUCUUUGGAGAAAAGUAAAGGGUCUAUGGUUAUAGUGUCAUCAAUGGCAGGGAAGCUGAGCAAUCCCUUCACGGCCCCGUACUGUUCAACAAAAUCUGCCUUGAAUGGAUUCUUUGGGGCCCUCAGCCAUGAACUUGCAAUGAAGAAAAGCAACGUGUCCAUCUCUCUUAUCACACUGGGACUAAUUGACACCGAAUCAGCUUUGAACGCAGUCAGGGGAAUCAUCACGACACCAGCCUAUCCUGCGACAGAAGCUGCAUUGAAUAUCAUCGUAACAGGAGCAACAAGGCAGUUGGAGCUGUACUAUCCCUGGUACACAUAUGUCAUGAACCUCUUCAAAGACUGGUAUCCCCCUCUAACAAACCAUCUCAUCCAGAACGCCCUCAACUACGAUCCAUAGGAAACAUGUUGAGAUGGGUUUUUUUUUUGUUGUUUUUUUCUUAUUGUAAGUUUUUGAUGCCCACAUCAAGUAUUGCUGGAAAUGUCUGAUUCUGAAAUUCAUUUAAAUGUUUCUCAGAUUUAGACUUCUUAAAGAAAUGCACCUUUUUAUGUGUGUCAAAGAUUGCACUUCCUGAUUUUUUUUCUGCUUAUCAGAUUAAAAUCACACUUGAAUAUGG